AUGGGCAUUGAUCUGCCAAAGGACUGUUAUGCAACCUUCUUGCGAGUAGUUUACGAAUGGCGAAUCCUCAAUUUACUCAAAUGUUUUGCCCAGGGACACUGUCCAGAUGGGGUUGUGACAACAGAGCCUGGACAGUGUGCAGUAUUUUGCCCUGCAUGUCUGCACCCUGGGAAAAACCUUCCAGAGGACUGGAAGAAUGCAUUGCCUGAUAAAUGGCUGUAUGCUUUAUUUGUUGGCAUUGAUGCCAACUUCCGUCUGAAGCAGAAGUUGGUUUCGAGUGAUAUUGUUGAUCCUGGAAUCAGUAAGGGAUGGUUGUAUUUUGUAGAGGAGAAGGCAUACAAAUCAUAUCUAGCAGAUAAUAAAAACCAAAACCAGGAGUGCAGUACAUGCACCAGUCAUAACGCCAUGAACAUGGCCAAUACAAAGAAGUCCAAAGGCCUCGCCGCUACAGGUGUUGGGACAAUGGAUUGUGCCAGGCACAAUAUGAAACUUCAGAAUGCAGUUGGUGACCUACAGAAGGGUGAGAAGUAUGUAUUGUUCACCAUUUAUUUCAUAAUACUACCACCUAACAACACUUCUCAGCCCAUAUUGAGCCGUGCCAGAUCAACUUUUCUUAAUUUCUCUCGGCAUGUUGGCCAUACUGAUGGUGAAGCUCUGGAACGUGGGUGGGCUAAUAUUAACCCCAUUGCAUCAAGCACCAAGGAGAUGGGCCCAGGAUCUUGGUGUGAUACACUCGAUGACCAUUUUGGUGAUUGGAAUUGGAAGCAUUUUGCACAGCUUGCACGACUCACUGCUCGAAAGUUAGCAGAUGCUAUCAAGCAAAAAGCUAAUCAUCAGCACGAGCUUUUGGAACUUGAAAGCCGCCUGCUAGCACGAGAUAUUUCAGAAUGGAGAACUGAUGUAGAGGCUUGGAAACAGGAUCACAUGCAGCCAAAUCCAUUCAAGGCUACUGUUUGGCUAGAACUUGUGCAUAUUGAAGCUGCAGAACUAGAGUCUGGUACAAAUAUCUCUCUUCAUGCGGAUGUUCCCCCCUCAAUCUUAAUCAGUUCCGGAAUUGAUUUGGAAGAACAACAGAUAUUCAAUUACUAUAUAUGCUAUUUGUGUCUCGCCUAUGUGCCAAUGAAGAAUGCCCAUGCUCUGUUACAAGAACAUCUAGACGCUUGGGCCCCUACCAUUUUUCUCCUGAUCCUCCUCGUAUCAGCCCUUGCAUCAUACCCUUACCCCGACCUUACCCUGGUCAUCCUUGUCAUUCUCGCAUUCCCUUUCGCUCUCUACCUGUCGCUUCAGCAGAGCCAGUACAUCUGGCCGGAUCCUUUCGCUGACGAAGCAUACUCAUGCUCCGUUCCACCACCUGACUGA